UUUCGGGUGAGUCACGUUGGAAAACGUCAGUUUCUUGGCGAACUUUUCCGGUAUUUUUCGGCUUGUACUAAAGUGAAAAUAGAACAUAAAAAGCUACACGUCACAAGACUAGAAAACAAUAACGAAAGAACUGCCAUUUAGUUUGAUGAGUGCAGUAGAUGUCAUCAAAUUGUGAUCAGGAGACGGUCCCAACGCCUCCAGCAGCGAAAAGAAGGAAAAUUUCAAAUUCGGACGGUGAAACAAACUCUGUGUCUCACGAAAAUCACUCAGGAGAUCAGACCUCAAGGUCAGACGAGAAUAUGGAUGGGCAAAUGCAGAUCGAUGAGGGACUUUACUCCCGUCAACUAUAUGUUCUUGGCCAUGAAGCCAUGAAAAAGAUGGCCACUUCUAAUAUUCUUAUCUCAGGUCUUAAAGGUCUUGGAGUGGAAAUAGCUAAGAAUGUUGUACUGGGUGGUGUGAAGUCAGUUACUCUUCAUGAUUCAGGGAAUGUGGAAAUGUCAGACUUGUCUUCUCAGUUCUUUCUUCAAGCUGAGGACAUUGGCAAGAAUAGAGCGGAAGUGUCUUUGAGCAGAAUUUCAGAGCUCAACAGCUACGUGAACAUGUCUGUUUUUACUGAGCAACUGACAGAAGAAUUCUUAGGAAAAUUUCAGGUCAUAGUGCUGACACAAUCUCCUCUUGAAGAACAACUUUGGGUUGGAGACUUUUGUCAUGCAAGAGGAAUUAAGUUUAUAAUUGCUGACACAAGAGGAUUGUUUGGGUUAGUAUCUUGUUAUUAA